AUGCUGCGCAGGUGUUUAGUGCCGGCGGUGCGUCGCACCUCCUUUCGGCCUACAGUCAUCCCUUCACAAGCAUGCGCGCAAUAUAUACCGCGUGCCUUUACUGUGGAAAAGCAGAGCCAGCGCCACGUGAUUGCCGCGUUGGUAGUCAAUCAGCCCGGAUGUCUGGCUGAAAUUGCUAAUCUCUUUGCCGCUCGAGGUUACAACAUUGAUAGCCUUGUAGUUGGCCGCACGGAGGUAGAGGAACUAUCUCGCAUGACUGUGGUUGUCAACGGCACUGCACAGAGUGUCGUAAACAUGAAAAAGCAGCUUGAGGAUGUUGUGUACGUGGCUGUUGUCAAUAUUCUUAGCAGUGGCGAAAACGCACAGAAGAAUUACGUCGAGCGUGAUUUGAUGCUUGCAAAAGUGGCAACGGCUGAGGCUGGAUCUCGAGCCGAAGUGGUGGAGCUUGCCAACCUGUUCGAUGCCAAGGUGAUCGACGUGCGACCACACCAGGUUAUGGUGCAGCUAGCUGGAACUCCCCGUCGUAUUGAGGCCUUUCUGGAUUUAUUAAAACCGCUUGGGAUCACUGAGAUCCAUCGCAGCGGAGUCAUUGCCAUGGCUCGCAGCACUAGCGUGACAGACAAUCUGGGUGAUCUUUCGACAUUUGAGGGCGCUACUCGCACGCUUUUGGACGAGGCUGACGAUGAAGAAGUUGAUAUCUCCCGUCUUCCACCUGGUUAA